GCAGCGGGCUGAACGAGUCACCGGCGAACUCCAGUCUUGGUGAAGUCGUUCCUGCAUCCUGUGUGAGCCUCAAACAGGCACCAUGCUUCUCAAGCUGAGCAUCAUGAUCCUGGCUGGGAUUGUGCUCAUCGGCUGCAGCUCAUCGCAGAGACCCAGAGUAAGGAGACAGAGCAUGAAGGUUCGUAUCAAUGCCACCGGGGACACCAUCGUCCUAAAGUUUGUGCGGCCCAACCCUGACACCAAGCUGGAAGGUUACAUCCUGGGCUACGGUGGCGCCAUGUUUUCCAAGCAGUUCAUCCAGCUGCCUGAAGAUGGGGUGCCCUACCAUGCCGAGAUGGAUGCAGAGCCAAAAUAUCUGGUUGCAGUGCAACCCGUUCCAGCCAAUGAUGUAAAGAAACAGUGCACAGGAAAAGUUAACCUGGAGAAACCUUUGCACUUGGUUAUUGGUUCGGUGACACCUACCUCAGUGCUUCUCUCCUGGGGAACCUUGCUGAGGACACCUUAUGAGGGAAACAUUAUGAACGAUUGUUUGGAAGAUGGACAGUACACUGUUCGCUAUAAAGAGAGAGACCGCAAUGACUGGAACUACCAGGCGUGCCCCACCAGCGACACUGUGAUUGAAAACCUGAAGCCAAAUACACCGUAUGAAUUUGGCGUUCGGCCCGAAAAGGAAAAGGAGACUGGUGUCUGGAGCAAACCAGUCAUUCACAACACCAACACGGAUGCCAAACCCCUAAAGAAACCAUUUAAUCCAAGAGCACCAAACAGGAAGCCAGGGAAGUCACUUAUGGUUGAACCUCAGAGGCUUUUUCCUCCUAGACCUGUGAUCCACAAGCGGAACCAGACCAGACUAUCCCCUAUGGUUGGAAAGAUUCCUGAACCAUCCAGAACAUCUUUAGUGUCCCCUGAAAUUGGCCUUGGAACACCUUCUUUCCCACGACCUAAAACGCCUCAAGGGCCACGGUUGCCACUGGGAAAUGCAAACAAUAUUGUAAAUGUCUCAUCACCAUCCAAAGACAUCCCUCCUGCCUUGCCUCAGCUCCUACCCAUCAAACCCUUACCUACUUCAGCAGCCCUUCUACCUAGCCACCCUCGAAAUGGUGAAAAACCCUGGGGUCGGAUGCUGCCUAAGCCGCACAGCCCCUCGGUGAUUGGCCAGUCAAGGAGAAGAUACUUCCUACCUGCCCCCGCCUCUGAGAGAGUUCACAGUAAUUCCUGGGGUAGAAACAUCUUGAAAAACUUGACUUCCUCCAUGGGCUCAGCUGCUGUUGUGCCAGCUCGGACCCAGGUGUCCAGGGGCCAGGACAUGAAUUUCCCACCUAGAACCUCUAACUUCUCCCAGACCUCGAUGAAACAAGGGGUCAAUGGUGAGCGUCAUAGGGGACCCUCUUUUCCCAAACCAAUCCCCAGUUCCAGAUUUCUAACGGGGUCACCAGGUCAGCGUCCUACCAACAGCAAGAAAACCAAUCUGUUGGCCAAACCAAGAGGCAAAGGAAAGACUGGCACCUUAAAUCAUACAAAUAUAGAUUUCAUCGUGAAACCCAAGUUGACUCCUGUGACCCCAAAAGCUGUGAAAGAGAUUAAAGAAACUACAACAACAACCCCAAUUGCUAACGGUAGCCUUUUUGAUGUCUGGGAUAAUUCCUCUGUUUUAAGCUCUUUCCCUGCCUCUGAUGUGGAUGUUAUGGGCAAGAAGAGAUACAUAGCCCCUCAUGUAAGAUUCUGGCCAGGUAAGAAGCCAGAUGAACCAUGUUCAAUCACAAACUCUUUGAGCUACUUUCCUGAGGAGGAGAUCGGGGAGCAGAAUGUUACAGGUCCACCCAGGUUAAGUCCCUCCAACCUGACUGUGGUGACCGUAGAGGGGUGCCCUUCCUUCGUCAUCCUGGACUGGGAGAAAACAGAUAAUGAAACCAAAGAAUAUGACGUCAUUUCCACAACCAAAGGUCCUGAUGGUGAGGAGGUGUCUAUUGUCACCACUAACCAGACACACACUGCAGUGGAGAACCUCAAACCAGAGAGCAGUUAUGAAUUUAAAGUCAAACCCAAGAAUGAACUUGGAGAGGGCCCAGCUACAGACCCUGUGUCAUUCAGCACAGAAUCAGCUGAUCCUCGAGUAAGUGACAACCUUUCAGGAAAGAAUGCCAUUUGGACUCCGUACCCCUUCAAUGCUGACUCUUACUCUGAGUGCAAUGGGAAGCAAUAUGUGAAGAGGACAUGGUACCGCAAGUUUGUGGGCAUCCAGCUCUGCAACUCCUUAAGAUACAAAAUCUACUUAAGUGAUUCCCUCUCAGGAAAGUUCUACAACAUUGGGGACCAGACUGGACAUGGUGAGGACCACUGCCAAUUUGUGGACUCCUUCCUUGAUGGACGAACGGCGAACCAAGUUUAUGGCGACCAACUGCCUCUCAGAGCAGGGUAUUUCAGAGCAAUCCGACAGCAGCCUGUCAGCUUUGGUCAGAUAGGUGGGCACUCGCACAUCACCUAUGUGCCAUGGUAUGAGUGUGGAGUACCGAUCCCGGGGAAAUGGUAGAAGUCUUUGGUGAGGAUCUCACGUGUGAGAGAAGGGAUAGUUCCAGAGGGAAGGUCUCUGCACCCGCAGGGCAACAGUGCCAAAGUGCUGCAUGAGUCUUCCUCGUCCAUCAUGGACAAACAUGUACAGGACUCAAAACGCCAUGGACUUCUUUUGAGCACAUUGGUAAUAUGUAAUGGCAACCCAUGCUCAUUAUUUAUCAAACAUUGCAAAAAACAUAAACUCGAAAGAAAAAGUAAGAAAGGUCACCUAAGACGUAAAUACUGUUGGUACGAAAAUAUAGGGAAGCUGGCUCCCUAAGACUAUUUUGUUGAUGUGUAUAAUAGUAUUUAUCAAAAAUUGUAAUUAAAUGUGCCUUGUUGUGGCUUUACCACUGGGUUUUCGGUGAAAUGAGCAGACAUACAGUGCUUUGCUGGGAGUGGUUGAUCAUGGUGUUUUUCCACGUAGAUUUGGCAGGGGUUUGCAAUUGAAGACCCACACUUCACACCCAAUCCAAAGUAAUAAUCCAGUUAAAUUCAUAUGCAUCUACAGACAUAAAACCACCACUUUUCUAACAAUCAUGUACUCUCAGAUUGUGUACAUAUAUAUGUGCGCAAGUUCAAAUGGGGGAUGCAGGCUCAGUGAAAUCGAUCAAUCAGUAUAACCACACACAAAAGGAAGUAAUCCUUGUACUUUUUGAAAAACUCCUUGCAUUAGUUCUGCUCUACUGGGCAGCUACAGACAUGAGGGUUUAACAGUUGCAGUUUGCACAACAAAUUAAUUUAUAUUUAUAUGGAGUGAAAGAAAAGUAUUUUGAACAACAUGAAACAGGAUUGAAUAAUCAUCGACAGUACGUUAAGCACCGUUUCUUUAACUCCUCUGGAACACAUAUGAAGAUGUAUUUAUACGUAAGUAUAAUCAAAGCCAUGUUGGAAAAAAGGAAAAAAAAAAAUCUGGGAUAUAGGUUUUGUUCAGACAUAUUUUCAUAGUAGU